AUGGCCUUCAAGUAUGCUUCCAGAUUGCCCAUGAUUCCCAAGCCAUCUAUCAGUAAGGUCAGAUGGGAGAUUCACGUUGACAUCGGCAUCCCGAAUGACUACAGGUCGUAUUGUUUCAAGAGCGAGGUGUCGGUCUAUAAUAUACAACUCCCACCAAACUCUUCGAAACAGCUCUUUCUCAAGCGUGUUUAUGCUAUUGUAAGUGCUUUCUUGGUGGAGGCCGGCGGUGUGGGCACCGUAGAUCGCAUGGCUGAGAAUUCGUUCGGCUCUUACGCGUGA